UGAAGCGCACAGGCGGGAGACUGCAGGGUCCACGGCCCUGAGCAUGUGAGUGCUCUUCAAGUCUCUGAUUAAAUUUUAAAAAUGGCCUCCAAUAAAACUACAUUGCAAAAAAUGGGAAAGAAACAGAAUGGAAAGAGUAAAAAAGUUGAAGAGGCAGAGCCUGAAGAAUUUGUGGUAGAAAAAGUACUGGACCGUCGUGUAGUGAAUGGGAAGGUGGAGUAUUUCCUGAAGUGGAAGGGGUUCACAGAUGCUGAUAAUACUUGGGAACCAGAGGAAAAUUUAGAUUGUCCAGAAUUAAUUCAAGCAUUUCUUAAUUCUCAAAAAGCUGGUAAAGAAAAAGAUGGUACAAAAAGGAAAUCUUUAUCUGACAGUGAAUCUGAUGGUAGCAAAUCGAAGAAGAAGAGAGAUGCUGCUGACAAGCCCAGGGGCUUUGCCAGGGGCCUUGAUCUUGAGCGAAUAAUCGGUGCCACAGACAGCAGUGGAGAGCUAAUGUUUCUCAUGAAAUGGAAGGACUCAGAUGAGGCUGACUUGGUGCUGGCAAAGGAGGCAAAUAUGAAGUGUCCUCAGAUUGUCAUCGCCUUCUAUAAGGAGAGGCUGACUUGGCAUUCUUGUCCCGAAGAUGAAGCACAAUAAUUGUUUGCAUAUAUAUAUAUAUAUAUA